AUGUGUUUUCAGAUUUUCAGUUCGAAAGCAGACCUUCAGCUGCAUACCCAAAUUCAUAUGCGCGAAGCUAAGCCCUACAAGUGCACGCAGUGUUCCAAGGCUUUCGCCAACUCUUCCUACCUGUCGCAGCACACUCGCAUCCAUCUCGGCAUCAAGCCGUAUCGCUGCGAGAUUUGCCAACGCAAAUUUACCCAACUGUCACAUCUGCAACAACACAUCCGCACGCACACUGGUGACAAGCCCUACAAAUGCCGACACCCCGGCUGCCAGAAAGCGUUCUCACAACUCUCCAAUCUGCAAUCGCAUUCGCGCUGCCACCAAACGGAUAAGCCGUUCAAAUGUAAUUCCUGCUAUAAAUGUUUUUCGGAUGAACCAUCGCUGCUCGAUCACAUUCCGAAGCACAAGGAGUCCAAGCACCUGAAGACACACAUCUGCCAGUAUUGCGGCAAAUCCUACACACAAGAGACAUAUCUCACCAAGCAUAUGCAGAAGCAUGCGGAGCGCACCGACAAGCGGCCGCCAAUAGCGACACUUAAUGCGAGUGGUAAUGGCGUCGGACCGGGUACGGCUAUAGGCGGCAGUGCCAAUAGCUUAAACAAUAGCGCGUCGGGUGGCAAUGCCAAUGGCGGCAAUUUAACGGGUAGUGGUGUUGUUGGUGCGGCGGGUGGUGUUGUAGGUGGUACAAGCACGAGCGCAAGUGGUUUGUCGAAUGCGAAUCCGCAUAAUCGUCAAACUCUAGGCUUGCCGCCGGUCUCAAUAGCGCCCACCGAGCAUUCCUAUUGGCCCAAGGUUAGUCCGGACUCGGCGGCCAAUAUGACGGACGUCAUGCAUCAGCAGCAACAGCAACACCAGCAACAACAACAACAACAUCAGCAACAACACCACCACCAACAGCAACAGCAACACGGCGGACAGCAGCACCAUCAUCAGCAGCAACAACAGCAGCCGCAGCAGCAACCACCGCAACAACAACAACAUAUGGACUUUCCGGCGGUAAAUACGGGUGGAGGUAGUGCGAGUGGUGGUGGAGGCGGUGCAUCAGGGGGACCCCCAAACGGACAUGGUGAAUUGCAGGCGCAUCACCGCAUGAGUGACAAUGGCCGUGAGGAUAUCGUAUCCACACCUUCCACCGUCGGUCCUUACGAUGCGGCCAGUAUUACGAAGACCACCAGCAAUUCAGCAUUCACACCCAUCAAUUCAAUGCCGCCGCACUUGAACACACUCAGUCACCAUCCCAUGGCACAGCGACCCUAUCUCUAUGAUGCUAUAAGUUUCCAGAAUAAAAAUGUCAAUCAAAACAAUUCGAACUCAUUUCCAAAUCAACUGAUAUCGCUGCAUCAAAUAAGAAACUAUGCGCACCAACCGGCGGGUCUAAUGGCCGGCGAACAUUUACUGGGCGUUAGUGUGGGGCCCGGUAAGGACAAGGGAUAGCUGUACUUUUAAGUGCGAAAGCACUGCAGAUAGAAGGAGGAUUGCCUAAUAGAUGAGCUCGAAGGAUGUGUGAACUAAGAAUGGCAAAUUUCCGAAGGGUAAUAAAAUGAAAGAUUUCAUACUUUAUAAGGAAUGCAGUGAGUGAAUUAAAUGAUGAGGUAGUGAGUAAGAAAAGGCCAGUAUGGUGUGCCCAGCAUGCAAGGUGGUCCAAAUAUAAGUUUUUUUUUUAAUCAGCUUGAAAUGAAAUGCUCGGAAUCUUAUCAUUAAUAGUUAACACAGCUCCGCAAAAUGAAAGGACUCAUUUUAGGCUUAAAAAGCGUUGAGAAAUAUUUCAAACUUAUUUCUAAUGGUAGUGUUGGGCUGCUCAAAUAUGCGUUUAUUGAGGCAAAUUUCGGAAUAGUGGAUUCCCACUGAAUGGAUUGAGAGCACAGACAUAAGUUUGGACGAUCUCUGGUUGUGAUUCAUAUAUUUUAAUGGUAAUGUGAAGAGUUUCCAAUGAAGCAAAAAUUAACAGAAAGAAAAGAUAAGUGCCAAUUUUUUCACUUUUAAAAAGAUACUUUUGUUUAGAACACCCUGUAUGCAUGCGCGCAGAAAAGAAUAUGAAAGAGUUAGUCGCACUGCUGAGCGGGGCCGACAAUUCUUCAUCAAUUUUAAUACGUCCUCCGUGUGCGCCACAUUUGUAAAAUAUUACAAGGAUAAGUUUUUUCUUCUAAGUAGUUAAGUUAUUAUUUUGUUUGUGUGCAGUUAUGUGAAAGUUUAUUGUACACCUAUUAAGAUUAUUUAGUUAAGGUAUGAAAUAAGUUCGAGCUAUUCACUUACCGUCCAUUCACUUUGAAGUUUUAUCGGAUAAUACGUCAAUCUCUACAAUGCCUUUGGUCUCGAAUUUCUUGCGCAUCGUAAAUUAUUAUUUCUAGAGCAUCCAAAUCGAUCAUCCUGUGCUCUUUUUUCUUGUGCAAGUCGCCACAGGAAUUCUUUGUUCAUCAGCUGAGUUUUUGUUUUUAAGGUUUCCAGAAAUCUACCCUUUUAAACCAGUGCAUUAGGCUACAUAUUUCUACGCCUUCUGUUUCGAUACAUCAUUUUGCAGACUUUUCCAAGUUGUCAUAUGAGUUUACAAUACCCUUCUUAGGAAUAAAGAAUUUACACGAAAAAUAUUGGUCGGACGAAAAUCGUUGUAACAUCAAAUUUAUCAUCAUCUAUCAAACCAUUUUUUUUCUUUAUGAAGCGUACCAUGUUUAACAAAAAGCUCAUUAAUUCUCUUUGUUGUAAACAAAAUGACGCAAGUAGAUUUGAGAUCUUUUCUAAGGCGACGGACAUCAAUUUUUGGUGCGGUAUCUGCUGCUUUCUGCCAAUUAUAUCCUUAAUUUGUUUUUUCGUUUUUCGUAAUUGCCCAAUAUUUCCCAAUGGGUCGCAAUCGUGGACAGUUUGGUGGGUUGUGGUCAUGUUUUGCAAGCGGUCAUUCCAAUAAAAUCUUUGAUUUUUAGAACCCGUGGUAAUGAACGUUUUGCAAUUCAUACUACACUAGCAGAUGGCUUGCCAAACCAAAUAUUUUUUAGGGAACUUGUCCAAAAAGUUUACUUUUCCUCCAUUUUUACUCAAUUUUUUUCGUACUCACAUUUCUAGUGACUUGCUUAGGGAGCCGAUUUGUCAAGAGUGCUCGAGAAAGCUGCUUACUGAGCAAACCUGUUAAUAUGGAAUUCAUGAUGCAACUCUAGCAAAUUGAAAGUAACUUUCUAAUUUAUUUUUUGUCUUUGGGACAAAUAAAGUCAGAUUUUAGAAGUAAUCCGCCAGAAAGUUGGAAAACGCUUUCUCAAACUAUUCGUACUUUCUGUUUCUUCACGAGGGAAAGCAAACAUUUUUGCUAGAAAAGUUAAAUCGAAAAGCCCUUUUUUGUCUGACAGCAGCCGGAGAGGAAUGAGAUUCGUUCGCGGUUGCAAAACUCUCAUCAAGGCGCCAAAUUUUGAAUUGUUGAGAUGGACGUGGGAACGUGGGGUAUUUGAUGGUUGGCAAGCCAAGUUCACGAACAGUUCACUGGUCACUUGUGAUUACUACAGAAGGUCGAGCAACUAACUAGAAAUUGAUUUACCAAUCAAUGAAUCAACUAAUUAGCAAAUUAGCUGCAAGACUAUUCAAUUAUGAGUAAAAAUAUAAAAAUAGCUGAGCAUAAAAUCAACAAACUUUUAAAUAGUGAAUUCAUGAAUUUAAUUAAAGUAAUGGGGAGAAGUUGAAGAGCAGUAAGUGUUGCAAAACAAAUACAUAUUUAUAUAAAAAUAUACCAUACAUGCAUACAUGUACUUGUAUAUACCUAUAAGUAAUAGUAAUUGUAGUUUUAAUUGUUUAAUGACUCAAAACUAAU